AUGGAUACACAUAAUAAAUUAAAAAUUUUACAAUGCAACCUCGACAGAUGUAAGAAUGCACAACAUGAGAUUCUUCUCUCCUUUAUGGCCGGUGAUUAUGACAUCGCCCUCAUCUCCGAGCCAUAUAUUGGUUCUGGAGAACAGGUAAAAUCAACAUUUGGAAUUGACACAUAUCAAUUUUUCACGGGCAACAAGAUUAAGACCUGCAUCCUGGCAAAACCAGGAUGCGGAUCCAUCUUGGGACUAUCGCAAUACUCUACAUCCAACUUCUGCGCAAUAAAAAUUACGUUUGGUAAUCGCAAUAUUUAUAUUGCGUCCAUAUAUGUGGAACCCAAUAUUGACGAAUCAAAUACGCUCGAUAAGCUUGACGUCUUUCUUAAAAACACAGGCGAUUCUCAUAAGAUAGUUCGGGGCGAUCUCAAUGGGUGGCACCCGAUUUGGGGAAGCGUAAAAUCAAACCCAAGUGGCAACGAAGUUAUAGAUAUAAUACACAGCAAUGACGUGUAUGUAUGCAACGUUGGUAACAUCCCUACGUUUGAAACGGUCACCCACGGGCGAGAUCGCUCUUCAAUAAUCGAUCUCACAUUUGCUUCCGGCUCCAUCAUCGAUAACAUCUUGGAGUGGCGUGUCAACUUAAACAUUUCACCAAUUUCCCAGCAUAAUGCAAUAGACUAUUGCAUCGACUUUGACACAUCUAACACCACACACACAUAUCAAAACUCCACCUUCCUAUACAAGGCUAAUAAAGCUUGUUGGCCUAUCUUUAAGGACAAACUGCACACACACAUGACACUCACAAACAUACUCGAACAUGACAUUUCUACCCUGAACGUUGAUGAUCUGGAACAUAUCAUCAACGAACUAACCAAUGUGAUUCACUCUGCAUGUCGAGCCAGCAUGCAUGUUAAAAGCCGGGGAACAAAGCCCAAGGCUCCUUGGUGGACGGAGGAGUUGGAGACCCUCAAGCGGGAGGUGGUGGAUUUACACCAUCAGCUCCACGCUGCCAAGCGCCAGGGUAUGCCUCUGGAACAUAUUUUAGAAACGAGGAAACAAAAAAAGGAACUAUACGCCAACAAGAUGCGUGAGGAGUCGACUAGGCAUUUUCGUGAGUUUUGCGAAUUGCAAACUAAGGAAAAUGUCUGGUCACUCACGAACAGACUUCUCAAAAAUGCCACCCCUAGGCGCCCACCAGUCACUCUCAAUAGGGGCUCCACCUACACCACAGACAGCCAGGAGACUGCCAAAGCACUUCUUAACCACUUCUACCCAGAUGACUCACCAGACACCUUAACGCGACAUCACGAGCUCAGAUCAGAAAUGACCGACCUUCCUCAGUCCCACGAUGAUCCUCCCUUCACCCAGGAGGAGGUGUUAGAGUGCUUAAAACAAAUGAGCCCCAAGAAGGCUCCCGGACUUGAUAACUUCACAUCGGACAUAUGUCUGCAAUUUGCAACAGAUUACCCUAGACUUCUGACAGAUAUACUGAACCGUUGUCUUACACUCCAACACUUCCCUGACCAGUGGAAAACAGCAUACGUAAAAAUUAUCCCGAAACCGGGCAAGUCCGACUACAGCGCAUUAGAGUCCUUUCGUCCAAUAGGACUUCUACCUGUGUUUGGCAAACUGUUGGAAAAGCUUUUUAUCAAAAGGGUCGUAUACCACGCGCAGCGAAACAAUCGACUAAACAAAUUUCAGUUCGGUUUCCGGGAACAGACAAACACGUGCGAAGCCAUUCACACAGCUCUUAAAAUAAUUAAAUUAGCCAAAUCAGAAAAACACCUCAGCAUCGCGAUAUCUCUAGAUAUUAAAGCAGCCUUCGACAACGCUUGGUGGCCUGCACUCUUCCACAUGUUGCGGCAUAUUCAAUGCCCUAAUAACAUCUUUGGACUCAUCCAGGAUUAUGUCCGCGAUCGGAGGGUCAUCCUUGACCAUGCGGGGAGGCGAGUCACCAAGACGUUGUCUAAGGGCUGCAUACAAGGUUCCACGUGUGGGCCUAUUCUCUGGAAUAUCAUACUAGACGAGCUGCUCGAUGCGAGGCUUCCAGCGGGCUGUCACUUUUGCAGAUGA